AUGGGUUCUUGCUUUUUCCUUGUCCUCGGUGUUUUGUCAGUUCUAGCUGAGCUUGUGCAUUCCAAACAUGCAGGCAUUACCAGGCACUACAAGUUUGAUAUCAAGCUACAAAAUGUCACAAGGUUGUGCCAAACAAAGAGCAUUGUGACAGUCAAUGGUCAGUUUCCGGGGCCUCGGAUCAUCGCGAGGGAGGGUGAUACAGUGUUAGUUAAAGUGGUUAACCACAUUCAGAACAAUGUCACAAUUCACUGGCACGGAGUGCGACAACUAAGGACUGGAUGGGCAGAUGGACCUGCAUAUAUCACACAAUGCCCAAUUCGAACAGGCCAGAUCUAUGUGUAUAACUUCACCAUCACUGGCCAAAGAGGGACCUUAUUUUGGCAUGCCCAUAUCUCAUGGCUCAGAGUCACGCUCUAUGGACCUAUUGUCAUCCUUCCUAAGAGACACAUUCCUUACCCAUUUCCUCAACCCCACAAAGAAGUCCCCAUCAUUUUUGGUGAAUGGUGGAAGGCAAAUACAGAAACAAUCAUCAACCAAGCUCUGCAAUCAGGAGGAGCCCCAAAUAUCUCUGAUGCCUUUACCAUUAAUGGUCUUCCUGGACCCUUCUACAACUGCUCAGCUAAAGAUACAUUUAAAAUGAAAGUGAAGCCAGGGAAGACAUACCUCCUCCGUCUGAUAAAUGCUGCCCUUAACGACGAGCUCUUCUUCAGCAUUGCCAACCACACUUUCACCGUUGUCGAAACCGAUGCCAUCUAUGUUAAGCCAUUCAAAACCAGAAUAGUUCUCAUCACCCCUGGACAGACCACAAAUGUCCUCCUCAAGACCAAAUCUCACUUCCCAAAUGCAACCUUUUUAAUGGCCGCUAGGCCUUACGCCACCGGCCCUGCAGCUUUCGACAACACCACCACUGCCGGAAUCCUUGAAUAUCACCAGCCAUCCGCCACCACAACGAAGAACAAGCUCCCUCUGCUAAAACCAGCACUUCCCAAGUUCAAUGACACAUCAUUUGCAACCAAUUUCAGCAACAAACUCCGAAGCUUAGCCAAUGCGAAAUUCCCUGCAAAAGUACCCAAAAAAGUGGAUAGGCGAUUUUUCUUCACAGUGGGGUUGGGGUUAAACCCAUGUCCUCAGAACCAAACUUGUCAAGGACCCAAUAACACUAAAUUUGCAGCUUCCGUUAACAAUGUGUCCUUUGUGCUGCCAAACACAGCUCUUCUUCAAGCUCACUUCUUUCAACAAUCGAAAGGUGUAUACACCACUGAUUUUCCCGCCAACCCACCAUUUAAAUUUAACUAUACUGGCAAUCCGCCGAGUAACAUUAUGGUGAACAAUGGGGCCAAAGUGGUGGUGCUUCCAUUUAAGACUAGUGUGGAGCUUGUGAUGCAGGACACAAGCAUUAUUGGGGCAGAGAGCCACCCACUGCACCUCCAUGGAUUCAACUUCUUUGUGUUGCGUCAGGGUUUCGGAAACUACGAUCCCAAGAAGGAUCCGGCUAAGUUCAACCUUGUCGACCCCGUUGAACGGAACACCGUCGGUGUCCCCUCCGGUGGUUGGGUUGCCAUUCGCUUUCUUGCCGAUAAUCCAGGUGUAUGGUUCAUGCACUGCCACCUGGAAGUCCACACGAGCUGGGGCUUGAAGAUGGCGUGGGUUGUCAUGGAUGGAAAGCGGCCCAAUCAAAAGCUGCCACCUCCACCAUCAGAUCUUCCAAUAUGUUGACCAUGUUUUUUUCUUUUUAGCAUUCAUUGAUUCCCAUUAGUAUUUCUCUGGGUUUUUUUUUUUUCUAAAAAUUCUUUUUUCCAUUCAAUUUUCCCUCUUCAGUAAAGAAAGAGGAAUGGAAAAGGCAAUUUUUGAAAUUUUAGGUCAUGAAGAUUGUUUUGUGUUCCAUUUUUACGGACCCACUCCACUCCAGAAAAGAAACAUCGAAAGUGCAAAAUUUGAAAGUAUUUUUAGACCUAUAAUGUAAUGAUAUCAUUCAAUUAAUUAAGGAAGUCUUCAUCUCAAUUUAUC